CUGUCUUUCUUCAGUCGAACUUCAAACUGACGUAAAGGAACAACUAACGGCAAAUAUUUUCACAUCGCUAUGUUAUUAGUACAAACAGUUAAAUUUGUCCUUCUUUUCGUCUACGUGACAUCUGCAUGGGCUAAUCCUGAGUUCGAUGCAGAUCCUACGACCGUUGAAGAUGCCCGCAAUAGACCCAGCAUUUGUUUUCUUCCUCCAAUAGAAGGCUCAGUUCAGUGCAAAGGCUUUUUUAUCCGCUGGACUUACAAUGCCCAAACGGAGAAAUGCGAGAAAUUUAUUUACGGGGGCUGUUUUGGUACUGCGAAUUUGUUUAGGAACCAACACGCCUGUCUAGCCAAGUGCAAUAGAAAAGGAUUAAAUGAGCUGAUCAGUGAUGGAGGUUCUUCCAUAUGUUUACAAAAAAAAGACGAAGGAAGUCGAUCAUGUUCGGCAUCCAUUCCCAGCUACUUUUUCGAGGCUGCUUCCGGAUUAUGCAAACCAUUCCGAUUUAGCGGAUGCGACGGAAACGGCAACAGAUUUCCUACAGAACAGGAAUGCGAGCAGGCCUGCUAUUACGGUCCGUCAGUCGCAGCUGUUUGCGAUCCUGCAUUAACCACUGUAUAAUUUUGUGUAAUAAUCUGACAAGUCGAUUUGAUUCAAUUCGGUCUUGCAAAUAUACGCUGCAUCAUCCAAAAUUGUAAACAUUCCUGUUUGAAUUUAAAAUUGCAGAUUCAGAUUACAGUUUCAUCCGCUAGAUGUCUUACAUUGUUAUGAAAUAUUUAUGCGACGCAUACGAAUGCAAAGCAGAAGUCGAACUGUCGACGUCUCGACGAGAAAAAGAAAGGUGUUGUGCAGUCUGUUCUACCGUUGAAGUUUCCCAGAUAAAACAUGUCGGAUUCAGUUUCUUCCCUUUCUGUUGUACUAAAGGCUUAUGGUGGCUUUGACAAAAUUCAAGUACAAAGCCUUCCCUACAAAACAGUUCCUGACGACAACCAGGUACUAAUAAAUGUCAAGGCAUGUGGUCUGAAUUUUGCGGAUGUUUACACCAGACAAGGCCUUGUACGAAAUGAACCUGGGCCACCUUUUACUAUGGGGUUAGAAUGCUCUGGACUUGUAGUUAGAGUGGGAUCCAAAGUUGAAAACCUGAAGGAAGGAGAUAGAGUCAUGGUACAUACUGGGACACCUGGCCUUCAAACUGAAUUUGUGUGUGUAGAAGCUUCAGAUUGCACUGUCAUCCCAGAGUCUAUGUCUUUUAAUGAAGCUGCAGCUUUUCCAAUUAAUUAUUUGACGGCGUACUUCUGCUUAUUUGAUAUUGGAAAUUUGCGUAGCUCCCAAACAGUGUUGAUUCCUUCGGCAGCAGGUGGUGUUGGCUGGGCAGCGACUCAGCUAGCAAAAAGUGUCCCAGAUGUUCGAGUGAUUGGAUUGGCAUCCCCCGGCAAGCAUGAAACCAUCCGUGGAAACGGCGUUGACGUAACUAUAGAUUCACUGGACCCUUGUUGGGACAAGGCAGUGAAAAUCGCCUGUCCCGAGGGAGUAGACAUUGCAUUAGAUUUCACAUCAGGCGAUAACUUUAAACGUACUCAAAAUCUAGUCAAGGACUUGGGACGAGCUAUUCUAAUAGGAGCCAACGAUAUGAUUUCGGGGGAAACUCUUAGUCUGUGGCGAAUAUUUUGCAGUUGGUGGUACUCUUCGAUGGUAAAGCCAAUCGAUCUGGUUCUAAAUAGCCGAGUUGUUGCCGGGUUUCAUUUGACUCACGUAAAAACUCGACUUCCUGAACGCUAUCGUGAUGCCUUAAUUCACCUUUUUGAAUUGUAUCGACAAAAUCUGAUCCGUCCAAGAAUUGAUUCUACGUGGACCUUCCAUCAAGUCAUUGAAGCUACCAAAAGGCUUUCCGAACGUGAAAACAUCGGAAAAGUUAUUUUGACACCUUAGUUUUCUGGAACUUAACUUUUUCAGUUGAUUCUUUAUUUCUCAACGACUUUUCUAUUUCUUAUUUGAUUCUCAGCUUACGCUACAUUUGCCUACCGUUAUAAUCACAAUUUAAAUCGUAGUAAUAAUCAUGUGCUGAUCUUUUUUCACAGAUUUUUUCAACUAUAUUUUCUAAUACAAGUUACUGAGAAAAAGAG